AUGGAAGAGAAGCCCAAUCAGGCAUUAAGUACCCCCCCUGUGGAGGGCAUGCUUGCAGAGGAGAAUGUGGAAGAAGAUGCUCCUGAAGAAGAGACGGAAGAGAGAUGUGGAGUCUCAACAGGAAGUAACCAAAGUCACUCCAUCGGUAAGAAGGAUAACAUAGACGAGGUGUUCAAAAUUGUAGAAGAGAAAAUAGAUAAAGAUGUGGCCCUCGUUGAUGAUGCAUCGAAGGCCAUUAUGAUGUUAAGUGGGGUGUGUUCCUUGGGUCAGUCAGAUCGGGGAGUUGAGGAGGGAGGAAAAAAAAACACGUUUAUGCAGAAGAACGUACACAAUGAGGGCAAUGGUAAUUGUGCCGCAGGAACCGUAGUUGCACAGGGUAGUGGCGACUGCUCCAAGGGGGCUACGCAAUAUAAAGGAGAAGUAACACAUGAAGGAGAAACAAACAACAUCGGGAAAAGUACCCUCCACAAUGAUACUAUGAUCAAUCGUGAUAAGUGCGAUGAUUCCGAUAGCAACUGCGAUGUGGAUACGUGGUCUAACGUGAGUUAUCUGUCAGUGGAUGAGGACAGCCUGUACAACGAGGUGGCCGAGGUGUACGCGCCUACGCCGAAGCGGGAGCAGGGAAAGUGCAAGAGGGAGGAAAUGAGGCGGCAGAUGUUGAAGUGCGACGAGGAGGCGGAGAGACAGGCACAACAGGCGCGCCAAAGAGGUGAACCAUCUCCAGAGCAAGAGCUACCAGGACAGCCUCCUCCGGUGAUGGAGUCUCCGCCCCUAACCCCGUUGUCUGAGGGAACCCAAGACGAUUUUUCCAAGAAGUUGUCCCUGAACGCAAUAGACAAGUCAUUCAUACAGAUCCCGUUGAAGUGUAUCCUGAACUCUUUCCGAAAUAUUCAAAGGGAGCUAGAAAAGAACUUCACCAUCAUCACGUUGUUCAUAGAGAAGAAGUUACUGAACUUAACGGACGAGGUUUAUCUGAACAAGCUAAAUACUAUUAUCGAGAAAAUGGAAUCAUUACGGAGCAAAGUGCUGGAAUCAAAGAUGCUUUUGAAUAAAUAUGUUAACCGUUUGGCUAGUCGAUUGAAAUACAUUUAUUUUGAGGGAGAUAUCCAGUUAGAAAAUUUGAAGCAUGAUUUUCGCUUCGAAAUGUAUGAGAAUAGAAUUAAUUGGCUAGUCGACGGGUACUUAUCUAGAUACGGUUUUUUUGAUACGGUCCAAAUAUUUUCAAAAAGGUACAAAUUGAAAAAUUAUUCAGAUGCAGAUGUGUACAAAGAAUAUCUAGACAUAAUAAGUGAGCUCAAAAAUUACAACAUCAAGCCGGCACUAGAGUGGUGCCAAAAAUACAAGUCUCAGUUAAAAAAAAUCGAUUCGAAUGUAGAAGCAGAGUUGCAUCUACAAUUUGUUAUUAGUGUAAUUUCUGAAAACAAAUUUCUUGAAGCCAUUGAAUAUAUAAAAAAAACAGUUUCUAAACCGGAUGAGCAGAUUUCCCCUGAUAUCAAGUUCCUCGUGACAUACAUUGGGCUCUACGGAUCCAACGAGAAGAGACACUCCACAGAUGCAUUACGCCGAUUCAAUCGGAGAAGAUGGAGUAAAGUUAUAAAAUCCUUCCAACAUGUCUAUUCAGAAAUAACGGGUGUCCUGAACAAGCCUCUGUUAGAACUGCUACUGAAAGCUGGAAUUUCGGUCGUCAAAACGGAGCAGUGUGGAAAGAACAAAUCUACUAAAUGCCCUACGUGUAUCAAUGAACUUAAGCACACUAUUAAGGAGGUUCCACAUAUACAGAAAACCAAGAGCUUCUUUGUUUGUCCCUACACCAGUGAAGUGAUGGACGAGAAGAAUCCGCCCUUCACCACCCCUGCGGGACACGUUUUUUCCGAAAAAGCCAUCUCCCUGUUCGUUAAGUCGGAAGAUAUGUUCGAGUGCCCCGUCACGGGGGAGAAGUACCGCAUGCAUGAUCUGUCUCGACUUUUCAUUUGA